CGACUGUACCGGUUGGAUAUUAAUUUUCCGUAAAUAAAUAAAGCUAUCCAACUACUUUUAACUUUAAAGUGAUACAUCUGUAUACAGUGUUUAUUUCAUUAUGUUACCGAAUAGAUAUGUAUCGGGCCAAUCUUCAUCAUCAAGAAAGUCAAGAUACGAUGGGAAACCCUCAAUGUUACCAAAACCCAGUGACGGGCGCAGACCAUCUAAUACAGGGCGUUCCUCAAGUUCUCAAGACCCAAACCGUGGAACCUUCGGCGGUAGAUUAAGCAGAGACACAUCAGGUAGCAAGACUUCUUUAAAUCGUAGAUCCCGGUCUCACACAGCUGAAGGAAGGUAUACUGUGGCAGCUCCUAUCUACAUGAGUACACCAAGAAAUACAUCUCGCAUAACAACUACUCCAGUAAGAACCCCAGGUCAAGAGGUUCGGAAUUGGACACUGUGUUUGGAGAGGGCUCAGGCUUGUGUUACUAUAAAAGAUCAACGACCAAUCUCAAAUUUGGCAUGGCAGCGUUCGGAAUGCGCGCGAGUAUCAGAGGCGCUGACUGCACGAGGUGGCUCCGGCACAAUCAUUCGGCCGCUCACCAUUGCUCGAUUUGUGGAAAUUGUCUCCUCACUGCUGAAUACGUUCCAACUUGACGGGAAUAAAUUGAAUAAUGACACAUAUGUUGCCAAGCUGCCGCACUUGUUGAAGCGAAUUCUGUACCCCGGCGUGGUGUCGGCAUCUUGGCUCCGCACUGUCAACACGCUGCAUGCAUUCCCUCAGGCGCUGGCCCUCAUUGCGUACCUGAUCGACCUUGUCGCCUAUGUGGAAUCGCCAGUGUGUGAAGACUCACUCUAUACUAAGAAAGAUGAUGUGUCACUGCUGCGAAGAGACUAUCUGUACAAAUGCUGGCUCAGGUUUCAGGACUCCGACUGUCAGUUUGAUGAUCUGUACCAAGAGUACCAGCAGAAUGUGAAGAACUUGUUUGGGGAUGUAGAUGGCUCCUAUUCUAAACUUCAAACCGUCAUUAUAGGGUUAGAGGCGCAGGUGGAGGACGGACAGGCCAUCCAGGCGGACGAGCAGCGUACAGCGAAGAAAUGUGACGCCUUGGUGGCGCAGCUGCGGGGCGUGCGGACCACGCGGCGCCAGCUGGCGACCGAGCGCGAGCAGCUGGCCGACCUGCAGCAGAGGCUGGCCGACGGACUGCAGGCGCUGGCGGCCGACCACGAGCGGGCCAGGGCCGAGCUGAGUGAGCUGACGGAGCGAGUUGAGCGCCAGAGCAUGUCGGUGACGCAGCGCAACGAGAUGCUGGAUGAGGUGUCGUUCGCGGUGCGCGUGUACGACACCAACCAGGCGCUGUGGCAGCAGGUGUCCAAGAUGGUUCAGGAUAAGGACAACGAGAUAGCGCAGCUCCAGAAGCGAGCGCUGGACAGCUGCAUGCAGUAUAACCAGGCGCUCAUCUACGUGGCCUCCAAGUACCAGCACCUGGCUGAUCUGGUCGUGGAUGAAAAACAGCUGCGCAGCGGGGAGUGCGUGGGGCCAGUGGGUGCGGCCCUGGAGCGCCUGGCCGCUGAGCGCGCGCGGCUGGCGGAGCGCGGGGACUCGGCGCUGCGGGCGAGGAACGCGCAGCGACGCUCGCGGGCCAAGAUGUUGGAGGAACACCGCGCCAAACUAGCCGAGCUGAAACUGUCGAUAGAUCGCGAACAACAAGCAGUCGACAACGAGCUUACCAAGGAAACCGCUGAGAAUGAGGAAUGGAGGCUGGAAGAGGCAGAGCUGAGGCAGAACAUCCAGGAGCUGGAGUCAAAGCAGGAGCUAUAUCGCAAUGCAGACGAAGAGCUCAGCUUCUGGAAAAAACAGAAGAACAAGUCCGAGAGCAUGGCGCGUGAGAUGGGCGAGUACGUGGCGGAGCAACGCGCGGAGGCGCAGGCGGGGGUGGCGGCCGCGCGGGGGGAGAGGGAGCGGCGCGUGCGGGCCGCGCUGGGGGCGUGGAGCGACCAGCUGAGGAUGGACUAGGUAAUGGAUACGAGUAGAUACAGUCUCUUACUUUUACACAACCGAUAAAAACAGACCAGGUGUUGCGGGUGUUGAGGUCGAGAUUUGUUUGAGGCGAUUGAUUUUAAAUAAUAAUAAUAUAUAAUAUAAAUGACAUAUUUAUUUCAGGUAUUUUAAACACAGUAAAUUGAAUCAAAUAAAAGACGAAUGACUUAAAAACUUAAAGAAAAGACGUGUAGUUGGUUCAGCGCUGUUUUGGACACUAUUGUAAAAACAAAGUAUUACAACGCUUGCAUAAACCUAUAGCUAGCUAGCUAACUAUUGAAAACGGAUCGCACACCAGGUCUAAUGCUUCAGUGUGGGUGGACUCUACGACUUACACUCGCGAUUUGUAUGUCACUGUGUGAGUGUGCGUGCGUUCCUCAAAACAGAGGUUAACUCUAAACUCAAUUAUUUUCAACUUUUUCACAGUUGUCGUGGUCUAUCUAGACGUAUAAAUGAUCUAAGCUUCAAUAUUUGCAUAACAAAGCAACUUCGGUCUCCUACAUAAUUUACGGCUUAAUGCAAAGCGAUGUGAUGUGCCCGUUCAGAUAUUUAUUAGGUCACGUAAUUAUUAUGUUUUUAUCUUUUCGCCUGCAAUAUUAAAAUUACGUGACCAAUCGAAUAAGCAGAAUGGAGAUGAACUAACCGUGACAUAAGACAAAGUGAUAUAUGUAAUUGUUUUGCAUACACCUGUUACAGUUAUCCACAGUGAGAUUUCGGCGGUGUGACGUAAAUAUAAUCUCGAUUUUGAUAUAGUAUGAAAUAAAGAAUUAUCUGUAAGGUAAUAUGUGCCUAUAUAACUAUAUUGUAAAGCGAUUGCAAUAAUGUUAAAAAUUGCGAUUGAAAUGAGUACCAUUUUCAAAACCGCUUGGUUAAUACACGGACGAGUAAAAUAAGAAGGACUCCGCGCCAUGAUAUUAGCAAGUGAAGCACCUUUAUGCUAGUGUGUGUGCGGUUAUGGGGGAUACCAGUUAUACAAUUUUUUUUCCCUUAAACAAUCUUAUAUGGCCACAAAUACUUUUAUAGUAUUAUUUUUACACUUUUUCACAACGCACGACGGCAUUUUUUAAAUAUUUUAUUGCGACGCAAACUGAUCUGUCAUAGACGUGGCAAAUCUCAUAAUGGCGGCCGAUCUGCUUGUAUUAGUGUAAGUGUGUGCGUGGGGCUAUGUAUUUAUACGUUAACCGGCUUGUUUUGGUGCUUCACUGUUAUGUAAGGUGACUUCUUUUUUUACUCGUCCGUGGGCCAAUAGCAAUAAGAACUUUGUUGAGUCUAUAGCUUAUAGAUGAACAAUGUGGUGGGAACAAUGUCACUUCGGAUAAAAAUAUUUUACUUUGUUGUGGAUAAAGAAUAUAGAUAUCGCUGUCUCGCGGGAGUAAACCUGUCACAACUAUAUUAUUCAGUUUAGGUACAAUAUUUUUUAUGAAAUAAAUUUUAGUAUAAGGCAAUUUCUGUAAUAAAUAAAUGUUGUUUUUAA